AUGGUCUGUCUGUGCCAGCAGCGUCCCGGUCAAGCUUUGCUCAGUUCAGCCUUUUCCGGGGGCGAUGACGAGACCGUGACUUGGCGCCUCAAGCUUUUCCCGAGGGGAUCAGACGAACGUCACGAACAGUUCGUGUCCGUCUUUCUCGUCUCGUGCAACACGAGGUGCGUGUCCGCCAGAGCGAGGUUCUCAGUCAUCGACGCCCAGGAGCAGGUGGCCAUUCGAAAGUGCACGGAGAUGCGCAUGUUUAAAAGCAAGGGCGAUGGCUGGGGAUUCGGCAUUUUGGUCGCCAGGUUGGCGCUGAAGCAGAAUAGCAGCCACCUCUUGCCCAACGACACGCUGACCUUGAAGUGCGAAGUCGUCGCCUUGGAGAGCAGCACCCCCAGGGCACCCGGAACGAGCGGCGAAAUGGCGCUUCCGGCGCUUCCCAAGUGCCGGCUCUCCGACGACCUGGAAUGGCUCCUGGAGAGUGGCAGUCACACCGACGUUACGUUGAUUGUGGGAAGCGAGACGUUCCUGGCUCACAAGAGCAUCCUGGCUGCCCGGUCCCCCGUGUUUCAAGAGAUGUUCGAGCACACGACGAUGGAGGAUGACGAGGUGGUCAUCGCGGACGUCGAGCCUGACGUGUUCGCCGAUCUUUUGCUGUUCGUCUACACAGGGUAUCUCUAUUUCUCUGACCGCAUUGUGGGUGUGAGCGACUUUAGCCAGGCUCCGGCAACGAGGAAAGCGGCCGAUGCCGGCAACAACGACCCCUACGUGGGUGGUGGCUGGCACAACUCGGAAACGGGCCAGGUGCUCAGCAACUAUAUGACCUGGCAACGACCCUUCGCAGUGGGAUUCGGCUACCUUAGCGAGGGGUAG